UUGGCCGGAUAAGUUUCUGGCACAGCAGGCUCCAUAGGCUGAUGGAUGAUUGGGUCCCUGAACGGUAUUGUCUGGGCUAGGUGUCUGGAUGGAAGCCCAGCCCAAUUCAUUACCUGGAAAAAUAACUCGUCUGAUAAGCCGAAUAAAUCUGCUUCCCAUCACUGUCAGGGGAAGUUGUGUUGUCCGGAGAGAAAUUCUGUCUCAGACAAUCUUGGCAGAGAAUAAGACAAGUUGCGGCAAACAGUUUUCGUGUGCUCAGACAUCAAGGGAUCCCCUUAAGGGGAACAUUUUCUGGAAGAACGUGGCAGAGCUUUUGAGGAUGCAUUUGUCGACGAGACUUUCAAGGACUCUCCAUGGACUCGCCUUGAAAAGAGACUGGAAGAUCAGCAAAGGGAUAAGGAACCAGAGAGUCUUGUGUGAGACAACCAGUGAAAAAUUUCAAAAUCAGGUAGCAACACUUCUCUUUUCCUCACCUCACCACAGGAUGUGUGAUGUGUGCAGAAAAGUGAACUUUCAUUGGAAAAUUUCCAUUUUCCUGUAUAAUGGAUAUUUCAGUAGCUUAAAAUCACAGGACAGAGUCGGGAGAAAACCUGAGGUGGCUCAUUACUUCUGCUCCUUUGAAACCAGACCACUCUAUGGUUCUGCAGAGUCCCAUGGAGGAUAUCCAGAACUGCUCAAUGGAGAGGAGUGUGUUAUCAUUUUUAAUUUACUGGCUGUGAAAAUUGCCCAGAGACCCAGAGAUUCCCAGGAUGUGAAUCUGAGGCCUGGUGGUUGA